AUGUCUGCUUCUCCUACUCAACCCACCCAGUCGGCCAAGCGCCCUUUGGAAGAAGCCUCCUCGCCUUCGCGCGCCGGUGAUCAGCCUGACGCCAAGCGACCUACCCUUGAAAAGAUCAAACACGACGACGAUGACGAUGUCGAGGUCCCUGAAGCUCCCGUCGACAUUCCUGCUGAUGACCACGACGACAAGGUCAAUGGGGCCGCCAAGUCUGAAGACGACGAUGAUACUGCCCCGGAUCCAGCAUCCGACACCAAAGCUGCGGCUGCCGCGACGGUUGCUGCUUCUUCGUCCAAUGCCGUGACGUCUGCCGCCGCUCACGAUGAGACCUCCUGGAUUCAUGUUCGCGCUGUCAUCUCUAGCCCGGAGGCCGCCACUGUUAUUGGAAAGGGAGGCGAGAACGUCUCCAACAUCAGGAAGCUCUCCAACGCCAAGUGCACUGUCAGUGACUACCAGAAGGGAGCUGUCGAACGUAUCCUUACUGUCAGCGGAAUAGUAGACGCUGUGGCCAAGGCUUUUGGUUUGAUCAUCAGAACAUUGAACAACGAACCCCUUAACGAAUCUUCGACUGCAUCUUCGAAGACGUAUCCUCUCCGACUACUAAUUCCCCACAUCCUGAUCGGUUCCAUUAUCGGCAAGGGUGGUGCUCGUAUUCGCGAGAUCCAGGACGCUUCCGGUGCCCGAUUGAACGCGUCUGAUUCCUGUCUCCCCAUGUCGAGCGAGCGAUCUCUGGUCGUCAUGGGUGUCGCCGAUGCCGUUCACAUCGCAACAUACUACGUUGGUAGCACCCUGCUCGAGCAGCUAAAUGAUAGGUUCGGAGGCCCUGCUGCAUCUGCGUACGCAACACGAAGCGGCGCCCCUGCUGGUUCGAUUCCAGGAGGUAUGCAGGUUGUCCCAUACUCGCCUCAGCCCUCUUCAGGACACUAUGGGCGAAGUGAAAACUACGGCCGCCAUAACGACCGUCGCUCUCACCACCUGCCACCUGCGCCUUACCCUCAACAGUAUCCCCCUCACGCAGCCGCUCAAGCUAACCCUGCUAUGCCUAUGCAUUAUGGCGGUGCUCAAGGAGGAGGUGCAUAUGGUGCAGCUCCCCACGCCCAGCCUCACAUGCCUCCUCACACAGGUCCCCAACCACACGGUGGUGCUCCUCAAGCUCAGCCCAUGGGCGGCGCGAUUCCUGGUGGGCCCAUUACCCAGCAGAUUUACAUUCCGAACGACAUGGUCGGUGCCAUCAUUGGCAAGGGCGGCCAGAAGAUUAACGAGAUACGGCAAAUGAGCAACAGCGUGAUUAAGAUUAACGAACCGCAAGAUAACAGCAACGAACGACUUGUGACUAUCACCGGCACGGAGGAAUGCAACCGCAUGGCUCUUUACAUGCUUUACUCUCGACUUGGUGAGGUCCAAAACAAAUCCAGCACCAAUUAA